AUGAUCAUUGGGCGAGGCAGCGAAACGAAGGGAUACAAGGAUGACCAGGAUGAGAGAAAGACCUGUCCAGACACGGCACGACGUCAGGAGGAGCCAGGCCCUGAUGAUCAGGUGGAUGAAAAAGAUCGGCAAGAUGGUGUGAAACGUGCGAAGCAGGUCAGAAAAGGUCGAAAGUCGACAUGGACCAGAGAGCGACAUGGGACAAGAUCGACAACGUCAAUUCAACCAAAGGUAAUUGAAGUGGACACCUCGGUGGACGGUUGCGACAUCGUGAACGCGAUCGUCGAGCAAGACCCGAAGCACUAUGGUGAGGCAAUGAAGAGUGGACAACGCGACCAAUGGCAGGUAGCCAUGACCGAAGAAUUGGACGCACUCGAGGCGAACGACGUCUGGAAGAUCGUAGUGCCACCAAGAAAUGCACACGUGUUGCACAACAAGUGGGUCUACAAAACAAAGACCGACGCGAACGGAAAUAUCGAGCGAUGCAAGGCCCGACUAGUGGUUUGCGGAAACGACCAAGUCUUCGGCAUCGACUACAACCUCACGUUUGCGGCCGUCAUGGACUUAGUGACCGUCAAGCUAAUCCUGGUGCUCUCCAAGCGAUGGAACGUUCCCGCACGUCAUGGGGAUGUUCCUUACGCCUACGUUAAGGCAGAAAAGGAGGAGCAUCUAGAUAUCUUCAUGAAGGUUCCAAAAGGCAUGCAAAUCACUAAGGAGGAACUUCAAGGUUUCGGUGUGGAAUCUUCUGGUGAGGUCGCGCUGCUGUUGAAGAAAUCGUUGUACGGACUAAAGCAAGCGGGACGACUCUGGAGCAAGCUCUUACACUCCAAGCUGACCGAGAAUGGCUACAAGCAGUGCACGAAGGACAUGUGUCAAUACUACAAGCACCAAGGUCAAGAAUGGACCAUCGUCGGAGCAUACGUGGACGAUCUUCUGGUCACGGGAACCAAGCAGUGCGCGGUUGAUGAGUUCUUUGCGGGCAUGGAGACACUGUCGAUCAAGGAUCUCGGCGUCGUUCAGAAGUUUCUGGGACUCAGGAUCUCUUUGGAUGACACUCAAGGAUACAUUCUGGACCAAGAGGUCAUGAUCGACGUGUUGCUCAGGGAUUUCAAGUUGGGGUCAGCGAACGGUGUGCGAACGCCAAUCGGAGAUGAAUGCAAUGAUGAUAACAAGGAUAAUGUGGACUAUCUACCCGCGAGAGGUGCAAGCGGUGAGCCAAGUUUGAGUGCCUUUCAAUCCUUGGUCGGGAGUCUGCUAUGGAUCGCAAGAUGCACGCGGCCCGACAUAUGUUUUGCAGUGCAUAAGGCAACUCGUCAAACACACAAGCCAACCACCAAGGACUGA